UCACAACGACACGGCCAUUGACAUACUGGUAACCACCGCAAGACCAGGACAGUCACGAUGACCGACCAACAUCCAACUUAUCUCGAACCGAGCGAACUCGGCACCAAGGACUACUGGGAAACCUUCUACGCCCGCACCCUCUCCCACCUCUCCUCCAAACAGACCCCGACCACCACCACCACCACCACCACCACUACAAAUACCCCUCACCCUCACCCCCGAACCAAAUCUACCGAAGCUACCUCCUCCUCCUCCCCUGACACCACCGACGAUGAAGAAGACGAAGAAGACGAGGUAGACGACGACUCCGACCCCGGCACCUCCUGGUUCUCCGAACACAACGCCCCCGAAAAAGUGCUGGACUUUCUCACAGACCCGGAGUUUCCUCUAGCACCGUGCAAUCUUGUUUCGGAGGACAGUCAAGCGCAACCGCCGAAAAUCCUCGAUCUUGGCACCGGCAACGGGAGCAUGCUGGCGUUACUGCGUCGGCGCGGCGGGUUCCGGGGAGACAUGGUCGGCGUGGAUUAUUCGGCGCAGAGUGUGGAGCUUGCAAGGCGGUUGCAGAGUUUAAGGAUUCAUCGGGCUUAUUUGUCUGAUUCGGAGGAGGAGGAGGAGGAGGAGGAGAAGCGGGGUGGGGAAGAUGGAGGUAAAGGCCAAUCGACGGACAUUCGCUUCGAAGAGUGGGAUAUUCUCUCCGCCUCCGACUCGACUUUCUCUCCGUCGGGGGAACAGUCCUUACCGUGGUUUCCCUACGAGAACAGCGGGUUCGAUAUCGUGUUGGAUAAGGGGACGUUUGAUGCGGUGUCGCUGUCGGCGGAUGUUCUUGCUGCUCACGGAACGGAGAAGGAGGAGGAGGAGGAGGUGAGGAAAGGGGGCAAGAUGGUGCAGAGACGGGUUUGUGAGCGGUACCCGUCCAUUGCGCGCGGGUUGGUCAGACCAGGCGGGUUCUUAGUGGUGACGAGUUGUAAUUGGACUGAGGAGGAGUUGGUGGAGUGGUUUACCACCAGCCCUUCUACUUCUGGUGAUGGUGAUGGUGAUGUUGACCAAAAGGUCAAGGAUAAGUUGGUGGUUUGGGGAAGAGUCGAGUAUCCUCGCUUUCGGUUCGGCGGGAGGGAAGGCCAGGGGGUGUGUACGGUUUGUUUCCAGAGAGUGGUUGAGUAGAAGCUUUUUGAUCAUAGAG